GACUGAAGGAGAAUACGCAAGCCACGCUUCCGUUCCUACUUUUUCUUAUCAACAUCUUUCCUCUUCUCCAAAGGAUUGACAGAGAGGAGCAACAGACACAGCAAAAACAAGGUCAAUGGCCCUUCUGGCUUCAGCAGGGCUAAGAUCCUCACCAUUACCACCGUUAUCACCUCCGAACUAUGCCCCUGCAGGCUUACGAAGACCUGCGGGUCGCUUCGCUCUUAGAUCCUCGUUCUUCUCUCGAUCACUGAAUCUCUUUAUCUCUCCCUCUUGGGGAGCUUCUCCUGCGACCGCGCCCAAGUUUUCGAUGAGAGUUGCUUCGAAACAAGCCUACAUUUGUCGGGACUGCGGGUAUAUAUAUAAUGACAGGACUCCAUUUGAGAAGCUCCCUGAUAAUUAUUUCUGCCCUGUCUGCGGUGCUCCUAAACGAAGAUUCAGGGCUUAUCAACCUGCAGUUAAAAAGAAUGCGAAUGCCACAGAUGUUCGUAAAGCCAGAAAGGAGCAACUUAAAAAAGAUGAAGCCAUUGGAAAAGCGUUGCCCAUUGCCAUCGUUCUUGGAGUUGCAGCACUUGCUGGUUUAUAUUUCUAUCUCAACAGUGCAUUCUAAUAUGAGCAAAUGAGUAGAACUUAAUUAGCAGGCCUCAUAGUUUUUUGUAUGUGUUCGUAAUGUACAAACAAGAUUAUUGAUACUAUAGUAGGGUGGUGUAAUUUUGUUAUUAUCUAUAAACUAAAAUCUAAUAUAAGAGUUUUGUCAUGAAA